CCCGGCCUCAACAGGUACACAUGGCAUUGGCAACGUGAACAGACAUCUCCACACGCUGUCCUGUCACCGGCAAUUGCCAUUCUGCAUUCCUUCUCUCACGCCCGCCCGGCUGCAGCAUCUUCAAAAAGAUCUUCAAUCCAUCCACCCUGACUUCCUUCUUUUCUUCUUUUCUUCCUUUCUUCCUUCUUUUCCCUUAGUCGCCCUGUGCCCUUUGCGCCUGCUUCACUUCGCUGUCGCCCCUGUCGCCGCUGUUGCUCAGUGAGGCAGUCUCGGCUUCACGCGCACAACGCACAUCCUGGCUUCGUCGCAGAAGAAGCGAAAGCUCGCUCCCUUUGCUGCUUCCAGGCCUCCCUCCGCAGACAACCGCUCUUCGUCACCUACACCGACUGACGGCGAGCAGCAACAUUAUCAACAACAACAGCAACUGUCCACCGGCACCUCCUCCAUCGUCGAUCCCCUGGAGAUACGCUCAUCGCCACCGCGGUUCAUACCACCACAUCUGCACGACGAGGUGCUGCCCAGUCGCGAACAGCACCCUUUGGAAGGGGAAAGAGCGAUCAGUCCCAGCGCUGCGUUCGCGGAAGUCACCAUUGGAGGCGCUGCGGAUGAGAGUAUGUCGGAGAACGGAGGUGCGAGCGGGAGCGGCGAAAGGGCAAUGGUCGGUGCCGGGAGGACGUUAGGAGGUGCAAGGAGCGCCAGCCCAGCGAAGAGGAGACUGGAAGAGAUGGAGGGUGUGAAGAGAGACUCUGUAGUGCCUGCUGUCCCGACAGUUGUGCCCCCACCAGAGAGCAUUGCCAUGGAAGAUGACGAGCCGGAGCUAACACCCCAAGACGUAGCAAUGACAGGGCUUCAAGAGAGCGGCACGGAGACAGUUGGUAGCCACUACACGGACACGAGUGAGGAGACGAGUAAGGCUUCCAGUGCCACGAGUGACGGCGAUCAGUUGCCUGCCUAUUCAAAAGAUGACGAUGAGCGCUGGGCGAAGUCGAAGCCUGGUGCCGAGCCGACUCACCGUUUCUACACCACGGAGGAGACUGAUGCGCAAGUGGCCAAGGUCAUGCAGAUGCAGAGCAUGCCUUCAGAAGGCGACGUUGGUGUCUGCAUAUCUAAUCGUUGGCUCAAUAGGGUGCGAUCCCGCACGACAGAGGGCUUGAAAAGCAAGCAGUUUCCAGACGAUGCCAGAGAUGGACCUGUUGGCCAGCUGGACUGCUCUGAUAUCGUUCCUGAAGGUGGCUUUGAUGCUCCCAUUCUCAAAGACGUUAACGGCAAGUCCUUUGUGCCACUCAAGCCCGAUGGAAGCGAGCACGACUUUGAGAUACUGCCCAAUGCCGCGUACGAAUACAUCGUUGCAGAAUAUGGCUCGGUUUCAGGCCAAGUGGCGAUUCGACGAUAUGCACACAACACAGCCGACGAGGAUGCUGCUGGCGACAACGUUCAAUUCGAGUUACAUCCUCCCGUGAUCACUGUCCGUAAAGUGCCGCAACCAGGUGCGGCCUCGAUGGGUGGUGCAGCUCCAGCUCUGAAAGCACGUGUCGAAGGAAGGGAUAAAUUUGGUCAGCGGAAAGAUACUGAUGCUCUCCGCCUUGUCAGCUCGCGCUCUGAGAAGUACCGGGAGUUCGUGAUCAGGGCAAAGAAUGCUGCUGGAAUCCCUGUCGGCAACAAGACCAAGGUAUUCCGCCUCCUCAAAACAUCAUCUGGAGAACCUCGCACUUCGACAGACAUUACCAUUGCUCAGAAUGGGGCGUUAACUCCUCCAGCUUCGAGAUCAAGCUCGCCUGCUGAAGCAGAUGUCCCGGAACUGAUCAUGACACCUGAAACGUUCAAGAAGACGGUAGGCACCGAUCUUGAACCCGCACUUGUUGACGACCAAAGCCAUAACGACAAGUACAAUGGUGGUGGCCAAACCACGAUGCAAAUGGCUGGCUUUUUUGAAUCAAUGACUAUGAUUCUCGAGGAGCAAAUUGGCGGUCCUGCGGGUGGAGAGUUCCGUUCAGACUCCAUGAAUAAGGCUCUCAGCAUCGUGAAAAGCAACCUCAAUUCGAAAGCCAGCACAGCCAACAACUCCAGGGCGACUAGUCCUGCCCCUGGGGGCAUGACUACGAGAGGUCGGGCUUUGAAAAAUGGCAAGACGCGAGGCACCGUUGGACUUCAGAAUCUAGGCAACACUUGCUACAUGAAUUCUGCGCUGCAAUGCAUACGAAGUGUCGAAGAACUUGCCAUAUACUUCUAUACCAAGAAGUACAAAAAGGAUAUCAACAAUGGCAAUCCAUUGGGAUACCACGGUGCAAUGGCCAACGCUUACCAGACUGUGAUCCAGGGCAUCUAUGGUAACAACACAGGUGGUUCGUUUUCACCUAGGGACUUCAAGAACACACUUGGAAGACAUCAGCCAAUGUUCUCUGGUUAUGGUCAGCAGGACUCACAGGAGUUCCUCAGCUUUCUCGUCGAUGCUAUCCACGAAGACCUCAACCGAAUUGACAAGAAGCCGUAUGUUGAGAACCCAGACUCUGACGACAGUAAGGUUCACGAUCCUGAGUACAUUCGCGAGCUUGGCGAGACCUACCAGAAGAACCACAAGCUGCGCAACGACUCCAUCGCAAUGGACCUGUUUGGCGGUUUCUACAAAAACAAGAUGGAGUGUCCAGACUGUAACAAAGUCAGCGUUACCUUCGAUCCAUACUCUCUUGUGACUGUGCAAUUGCCCAUGGAGAUUGCUUUCCAGCAUGAUAUCACUUACAUUCCGCUGCAUGGCAGACCCUUGUUACAUCAUAUUGAUAUCGACAAGAACUCGCCAAUUAAGGCGCUGAAAGAGGUUCUGGCGAAAAAGCACCCUGGCGCAGAUGCAAGUCGCAUGUGGAUGGUCGAGGUAUACAAUCACAAGAUCUACAAGGUUUAUGAUGACAGUACAGUGAUUGCUGAAUCUGGCAUUUUGGCUAACGACCACCUCUUCAUCUUCGAACUUGAGCAAACGCCAAGAAAUGCCGCCAAGAGAUCGUACGACUCGCUCAAUAAGGUGAACGCAGUCCCCGCAGAUGGCAUGGCGGCACCUCAAGCGGAUACAUUUGCUGUACCUGUCUUUCAGCGCACGAAGAGCAAUCAGAGCGGUUACUCUCUGAGCGAUCACCCCAUAUACAUCACCGUGAGCCGGGAAGAAGCCAAAGACUAUGACACCAUCCUCAAGAAGGUUUUGAUCGCCGUAGCCAACUUGACCAGCCGACCUAUUCUCAAAGAAUUCGAGGAGGAUACGAUCCCUAACCGCGUCGAGGAGCUUGAAGACGAACAGAAUGGCUCCGAAGAAUCGGCAGUCGUCAGUGAUCAUUCUGCGCAGUCGGAAGACGGCUACGUCAACGUUUCCAUUGACAACUCCCCACAGGACGCUGAAAUGCUGGACAACAAUGACGAGACCGGACAGCUCCACACCGACGAAGUUUACAUUCCCACGAAUUUCAUGGAACCGCACUACUUUAUUUCACCUGCUUUGCGGAAUCAGCUUUUCGACGUGCAAUAUGCUGCAGCUAAAGGCUCCGGCAUGCACUGCGCCGAUGGCUACAGUGGCUCAUUCCGCGAGGAUACCAUACGACCGAUGUAUGAGCGUGUGAACCGCAUGUCUCGCAGAUCCUCUCUGCAGUCAUCUAGCUCGAGCGACUCGACCCCUGGUACCACGUCAGCAGAAGAAGAAGAAGCCGAUGGCGAGAGCGGAGCCAGCCCUACGACGUUCGAAGGAGAUGAGCCAGACAUAGUUCAAGGCGACCCAGCUACGCCGCUCGCUGAAGCCAUGAGUGAUGACGGUAGUGACGAGCUCGCGGGUGGUAAUACCAUUAUGAGACCAAGUGAGGUGUCUACAGAUUCGCAUCGAGGCAGAAGGAAGAAGAAGAAUCGCAAGAGCAAGAACGGCAAGAAAAAAGGCGGCAAUAGGAAUGGCGUCAUUACCUACAGUCAGAAGAGUAAGCCUCGCACAGGCUUUGUCAAUGGCAGCCAACGCGAUCGACUUGGCAGCAAGCACACCAACGAGGACGAUAUCGACAACCCUUACUACAUUCGUCUUGGGGAGUGCAUCGUGCUUGACUGGAAGCCCGAAGCUCACGAGAGCUUGUUUGGUGGCAGUGCGGACGUGGCGGAUGACAUGCGCGGCCAUGCAUACUGCAACAGCUCUGGCGAGGGCGCUACAGUUUUCAAAGACCCCGAACAAGAUGCAAAGAAAGCUAAGCGCGAUCUUCGUAAGAAGAAAGGUGUCAAUCUUGAUGAGUGUUUUGACGUCACAAGUCGAUCCGAAGUGCUAUCGGAGGACAAUGCAUGGUACUGCAAUCGGUGCAAGGAGCUGCGGCGCGCGACCAAGACUCUGGAGAUAUGGACUCUUCCUGAUAUCCUUGUUGUGCAUCUGAAGCGAUUCGGUGGCAACAGAUCUUUUAGAGAUAAGGUAGACCUCUUGGUCGACUACCCAAUCCAAGGCCUAGACAUGACCGACAGAGUCGGUGUGAAAGAGGAUGGUAAAGAGUACAUCUACGACUUGUUCGCCGUGGACAACCACUAUGGAGGUCUUGGUGGCGGACACUACACUGCCAUGGCGAAGAACUUCUACGAUGGCCAGUGGUAUGACUACAAUGACUCGUCGACGCACAAGAUAAGCAAUGAGGAUAACGUCCACUCUGCGGCUGCCUACCUUCUCUUUUACCGCCGUCGAUCCGAUAAGCCUCUCGGAGGAGAAGAACUUCAAGCUAUCGUAAGUGAACACCGCAACCCCUCCACCGCUGCCGAGGACGGCGAAGACGACGAGUCGGGGGAAGCCAAGCUCGGCGGCCGAACUCUCUCUGGCUCGGGGUCGUCGAGCGGCUUGGCCGGAGUCGGAGCCGGGGCGAAGAGCAGCCAGAAGUGCACUCAGGGAGGAAAUGGUGGAAUUGGAGUCGGAGCAGGGCGCCAUCUGACAACGAAGACAACGGAGACGAAUAAUGAUGUCGUGCGCGGCCUGCGUGGAGCGACCUGGAGCCUCGACGCUGCUGACGCGGAUGCCGAUGCCGAUGCUGAUGCCGCAGACGCGCUCAUCGAGAACGUGGCCGAUCAGGACGACGACGACGACGUAGACAGCGGUAGCACGACUGGUGUUCAAGGGGAUUCUUAUGACUCUGGCAUGGAUGUGAGUCUUGAUUCUCCUCCAGAAAUAUCAUCAAACUCGCCUGAUUUUCAGUGGGUUGACGAGCAGCAGCAGAAUUGGGAUGCUGAGGCACAAGACGACGUUGUGCAUGAUGUACAUCCUGAUCUCUACGACUAGGGAUGGGGGUGAUGAUGAUAUGCGCAAUAGUGAUAACGGUGCUGCCUCGUCCCACAGGGAAUGGCCGGAGAAGUCAGCAGAACCCGACGGCUUUUAGGCUCUCGCGAUCCGAGCUGCUUGGUCUUUGGAUGAUGAGCAAGAUGUUACUACUGUCGCACCCGAGACUUCUUUGGUAAUAAUGCGUGGGCAUCGAUACGGAAGCAAUGAUUCGAAAGCUAAAUGACUAUGGUGAGCUCAUGAGGAUCAAGAUGCAGAUGAAGGAGUCACUGCAUCAAUACAUACAUGGCACGCUGGCAUUGAUCGCUUUUGCACACUUUGAUGCCGAAGCUCGGGGCCUUUUUUUUACUUGGGCAUGGCUGAUGAUCAGAGUGUCUAUAGAGAGUAAUAUGAAGCAGAGACGUGUACAUGAAUGAAUAGACAUUCAAACGACUUG